GUUAAGAGAGCAACAUUAGACAGUAGUCUGUAAAAAGUAGUUUGCUACUAGAAGUUCUGUUUCCUUUUAGAUGUAUCUCACUGAUUUAAUAUCACAUGAUGUGUUUUUCCAAAUAUUUCUCCUGCAGUUUGUCUCUGUUUUGUAAAAUAAUUGCUGUGUAAAUUCUUAUGUAUUGUUUGUAUGCCUGGUGAGAAAAUGUAGAUUAUGAUGUUGAAAUAGGGUUAGUUUUUACCGUGACUAAAUGAAAUGAUGGCCUGUGACCAAGGGCGUCAGUUUGUUUUCAGAAUUGCUGGGGACAAUAACCAUACACUUGAGUGGGGUUUAAAAAUUGCUGGGGACAAUAAAGUAGACUAGCACAGGGGUCGGCAAUCCGCGGAUCUGGAGCCGCAAGCGGCUCCUCCAUCCAUCUGAUGCGGCUCUCUGUACUUUUAAAAUAAUGAAUGGAUAUUUAAAUAAAAUGCUUUAUAUUUUACUGCAUUAAUUUUACAUCUGUAUGCCAAUUCUAAAUGUAAAGAUUGUCUGCGUAAACCUGAACAGGUCCAACCCGGUCUGACUGUGAGACCGGGUUGACGCGUCACGCUUGUGCGUAAUCAUAUGCGCUUCCUGAGCUGGAGGAUGUCAGAUUCUGGGCUUCUCCUCAGACAGGCUCCUGGAUGUGUCGCCACAUUGGAGACAGGAACAAGCACUAUUCAGCCAAAGUUUCAUAAUCAGGGAACAUUUUCUAAGUGACAAGUCUCUGAGUGACCGGGUUUGGAAAACACUCGCUUCAGUGGGAGGAACUUUCCCGCAUGCGCUCUGGUUCUGAGAGCCUGGAUUUGUAUUCUGAACAGUCUAAACAUGUUUUAAAAAGAAUCGCGUGACAAAAGUGGCACCUGCUCAGUAAAACCACCAACAGGGUGAAAAAUAUCUAAAUAUUGUAGGCAGAGACGGGCUACAACUUCUGGAUCCACUUUAUAUAAAUCGUUUUAUUCAUUAUCGUCUUACGAAAGAUAACUUUGACGUACACGAGCGACCAGGCGCGUUGCAAACUUUUCAAAAGUGUGGGGGAUGUUGUCUGUGCCUAAAAUAAGUUCAUGCUAUUCAUCUUGUUAUUUUAAUUUCCAUAAUAGCGGAGCAGGUGCGAAUUUUAGAUGCGUCACGCAUGUCUCCGCUUUAAACAUGUUUAAACUGUUCAGAAUACAAAUCCAGGCUCUGUCUCGUUAGAUUGGUGUAACUAAAGUUUGUACUGAAUGAAACUUUACAUUAAACCAUGUUGAAAAGAAAAGGAUCCCAUUAAAUCGUUUCCCCCUCAUUUACAGUCAUGACAUACAGCGCAGUGCGCAUGGCUCUGGGGUUAAUCAAGUUUAGUUGUUUCUCUUUGCAACAAUCUUCACAGGAAGGCAAAACAGUUAAAUGACAGGUUACAGAUAUUUCCAUUUGACUUUUAUUUUGACGGAUAAACUCAAGGAUGUUCGUUGAUUUCCUCCCACUGAAGAGGAAACCCGGUCUCUCUGAGGGAUGUGUCACUUGGAAAAUGUUAUUUUUAUGAAAUUAUGAAAGUUUGGCUGAACAGCGCUUGUUCCUGUCUCCAAUAUGGAGACGCAUGACACAUCCAGUCGCCUCUUCAGCUCAGAAAGCUCCUGUAGAGACAUUUGAUCACGCACAAAGUUCAUGUGGAGCAGAAGCGGUCGGGCCACGGCAGGUGAAACGUUCCUAGCCUACAUGAAGUGAAACUGUUUAAUUGUAACAUUAAUAUGUUACUGGACACGCAGGUCUGGUUGGUUAGACCAGUGUUUGAAGUGGAACACACACACACACACACCAAUUAAAACAAUGCUGAUAGCAUGGACUAGAAGACAGGUGAUGGUUUACGUAUUUAAAUGAUGAUUAGGCUGCUGUAAAAUGUAAUCUCCAUCCACAUCCAGACACAAUUAUCCUCUAUUCUUUCUCUAUUUGCUCUGCUCUUGUCUGGGCUAGCGUAGCUGAUGGUGCGCGCGGCACGCCUAACGGCUGAUGCACAUUUUACGCAUUUGGAGAGAUGGGCUGGAUGCUUUGCGUUUACUGAAAGUUGGUCCACUUAACGCACGGGUGUAGACUAAAUAUUAAUGACAAAUGAAUGAAAAUUAAAUUGGGAGUUUUUACUUCAUAUUUUAUAAAUAAAAAGGACGGGGGAACACAUUUAUGACGUCUUUUUAAACUAAAUUUCCUAGCGCGACCUGCCUGCUUCACUAAGUCACUGCUUAUUAAGGUCCAGAAUUACCGUGGCCCACCCAAAAAUGAAAACCUGGCACCGCGCCAGUUAUAAACCUCUGCAAAUUGUUGUUCUUCACUUUAUCAAACUCAGACUUUGUACAGCUAAUGUCAAGAUGUAAAAUUAUUCAGUCGAGCUCUUCCGUCCCUCCCUCUCCUGCUCUCCUGGAAACCCGACAUCGGCUGUCAGAAGCGGAGGUGAAGAAGGAGAUGAGGCAAACAGAGUGAGUGUGACAUAAAGAAACCAGACUGGUGUGGAGGUGAGCAAAACAGCUGGAAAAGUGUGGGUGUUGAAUCCCCCACGGGUGCGACGCCCAUGGUACCGGCUGCUGUCACCUGGUUGUGAGCAGCUCUCUGCUGUCUGAGGGUAGGCCCCGCCCACAACGCUGCGACUGCUGCGGUGUUUUCUUUACUGUGGGAAAUGGGUAAUAAUGGCUCUUUGAUGGGAACAGGUUGCCGACCCCUGGUAUAAGAUCUGAGCUGGUAAAACAAAAAUCCUCAUCAGCAGGCUUUUUUGAAAGUGGGGGGGACACAGCUGCCAAUUACAAAUUUUGCCGGGGACAUGUCCCCGGUGUCCCCGGUUAAACUGACGCCUAUGCCUGUGACUAUGUAACAUGUAAAAUACUUACCUUUGUUCUGGACUGUUGAAAGAUUGGCCAUAAAAUGCUAGAAUGCACCCAAAGUAACCAGCAUAAAUAGUAAGUUUAUUUUGUUAUGAAAUUUACAGUGUACUUUUUAAAUUAAAAUUGGAAAACAAGACUAUAGUAUAUUUGACCCCCCAUUUUUGACAGCUGUAAUGAUUGCUGAGUAUACAAUUAUCAGACCUUGUAAAGGCUAUGUGUAUGCAUUACCACAAGAGGUACUGCUCCACUUGUGACAGUAAAUCUUUUGGGCUAUUGCUUGGUACUCAGAUGCCAAUUCUGAGUACCACUCUGCCAUAAAAUGACUCAUAAAAAAGGUUAAUGGUAUGAUGUUCAUUGUUUUUAUAUGUGUUGAGACCAUUGUAGUAUUUUUUAAUCAUCUCCAUUCCUUGCUUUAUACACAGGAUGAUGGCAGCAUCUCAGAAAUUCCUGCUGAGAGUUUACAGCACUACAGAUGUUGUUGUGAAGGUUUCUCUAACUAAGCGGCCUGAGUCAGUGGAAGAACUAAUCACCAUACUCCGGGAGAAGCUCAACCCAAGGCUGGACUUUGAGUUUACCUUACAAUACGAAGACCCUGACUUUGAUGGGCAACUUACCUGUCUACAUGAUAUUCAAGAGCUACUAGAGAAGAGCACAUUAAAAAUAGUGCGAUCCGAAAGUGAUGCCAGUUCUUGUGCAAGUUCUGACACAGACAUCCUUCCUCAUGUGCCUUUAGCUCAGCAUCUGAAGUGUUGGCCUGACACUUUCCCAGUACCUACCUUUUCUUACGAAGUCGAACAUGUCCUUGAGAAGGGAAAUAAAGCCUACGAGAUGUCUGGAAAGCAACUGAAAUUGACACGAGCCCAAAAGCACAACAUCUUGGAGACCAUGGCUUCAGUGAUGCACACCUUCAAAGCCUAUCCGAGUGACAGAGAUGUGUGUUUGGCAGCAAAAGCUCUUGUUACCACUCAUCCAUGUCUUAAUGAGCCUGGAAGUUAUGGUUGGAAGGCCAGUUUAAAAUUUAAGAUGGGAAAUUACCGCACCAAGCUAGCCAGAGCCGGAUGCGCGGAGGUGUCCGUGAAUGCUGGUAGAAGGAGUAUCAACAACCCAGAAGGAGAGUAUCCCCACUCCAACAUAAAAAGAGCACGAAAAGCUGAGGUAAACUACCUCCCAAACUUUCCAAGAGGAGAAGAUAAGGCCAGUCUGGAGGAAUUGAGAGUCCAGAUAAAAAAUGAGGUUGAGAAGACCGAGCCCAACAAAGUAAUGAUUGAAAAACUGAUGCAAACAACCUUUGCACUGCGUCGCCAUGAGAUCGUUCAAGAAAACCCAAUGGUGAAGGACUUCUUAGAGAAAUGGCCAGCUCUGCGAUUUCACUCACAGGUUUGUGCGGAGUUCCACCGAGUCACAAACAUCAACCUGCAGAAACAGUUCUAUGCUGAACUUGACAGACACACACCACGACUUAUGGCUCUAUACAGACAGAAGGCCACAUGCACUGGCAAGAUAUCGGAGGCUCUGCGAAACUUUCUGAAUCAUUAUGAUCAUCAGGAAGCACCUGAUGUCGAUGUGAAACGGACUGCAGUGCUACGUGCCCUUCCAGUAUACCUGCGGGAGGAAGACCCAGAAUUCUUUAAGACAUGUGAUGCGGGCACGCUAGAUGAGACGAACCUGACUGACACUCCAGUUGCCCUUCUCACAGUGGUUGCUGACGGCUCUGCUGAGACCAGUCCAUUUCAGUCCUUCAAGCAUGGCUGUUGUGGUGGAAGGCGACUUGGUGAUCCGUGAUAUUGCCAGAUUUGCUGAUGCAUAUGCCUUAUUGUUUGGCUUGAUCUAUGCUCUGCAUUUGGACUACCCCAGGAAACUAGUUCACACAUUCACCUUUGUCCAGAAAGUCUUCAUGGGGCUUGAUGAUGGCAAACCACUGAAACCCAGCCUUCAUGCUCUUAGAAAUGAUUUGUUACAGAGUGAGUAGUUAUGAAAGAUAUGCAAGGCAACUGGUUGUUAGGACAGGCACACUGUUACUGAGCACCUUCUUUGAAGUAUUUUAUUUAAAGCACUUUUAAGUUUUCUACAGGCUUUGGGUGGAUGUAAUUCCCAUCAGUUUACCUCAUUUUUUUUAUACAAGGUUAUUUGGGUGCCGAUAAACAUUAUUUGAACCUGUUAAAAAAUAUUUAUUUUAUUUAAUUUUUGUUUAUUUAAAAAAAUCUCUUUUGUGUUUGACCUUUUGUUUUUCAUUUUUAUAUAUUAGAAGAAAGAUGACUUUUAGGACUGAUGUUCUUUUAUGAUUUUAUAAAAAUUUUAUUAAAUGUUAUUAGCAGCAUUUUGUACGCUCACUUGUGCUCCAGUCCAUGUCAGUGGUUCCAUGUUGAUGGUUUUAUAAAAAAAACAUUUAUGUGAUGUUUUUCACAAGUCCAUAAAAAUGUUAAUAAACAAAAUGUUAAGUGAA